AUGCAUCAUCGUUCACAGCCGACCGCAAACAUUCAAGGCAAACUUCAACAGGAUGAUGAGUGGCUGAAGUCUCUGGAAGAGAAUGUCUCGAAAAGUGAUUCGUUACGAACGCAGAUCAUUGGGAUGUUGGAUAGUUUCGAGCAGCGAUUGUCGAGACUCGAUGAGACUGUUGUACGUUUACAUCAACGAACAGCAUGCUUACAAACGAAGCAGUCAAACAUAGCGAAAGCACUGAAAAUGAUCGAUGCCAUGCAGCAGUUCUACGGGAAAGCCGCGGAAUUGGAGAAUUCAAUCCGAGAGGGGAAUGUGACGUUGGAUAGGGAUAAUUUUUUGAAGCGUAUGGAACAGCUGGCCGAAGCAAUCACAUUUUUCUCAUCGCAACCGACCUAUCGAGAUCAAUUGGAGAGUAUGAAUCUGACAUUCGAAUCGGGUUGUUGUGCGUUGGAGAAAGAGUUUCGUAGUGUCGUUCAGGCAGACUCGAUUGUUGCCGAUGCAGCGAUGAUCAUCGAGAGUCUCGAUCAAGAAUUUGAGGUGAUUGUUGCUCGUUUGAAAGAGAUUCCAACAGUGCGCGAUAUCAGUCGAAUUCGUGACAUUGGACUAAUGCCAACACCGGACAGUUGGCGUGCUUCAAACGAUAUAGUUUACGCGAUUCUACUUACUUUUGGUGCUCUAUUGGCUUUGAUUCAGAUUGAAACGGAUUUAAUGAACAAGGCGAUUGAUGAUGUGAGCGCCUGUGCACGUGUGCAACGUGAGAUGUUCUCUAAACCACUGCAGAAUGUCAUCGAACGAGCGAAUCGUCUCUUUAGCACUCUAGACUGCCCAGUAGUACCAUUAUUGCCACUCUUAAGACAUACUUAUGCGCAUUGCAAUCAGUUGAGUUCGUUGUCGAAAAAUGCAGUUGGUGAAAUUCCAUAUGAAUUAUUUGUGAAGAGAUUACAAACGAAAUGUUAUUCGUUGUUGGAUGAGUCGUUGGAUAAACUCACGAAUGAUACGAAUAAAUUUGUUCCAGACGAUGGGAACGUUCAUCAAGUUACUUCGAAUGCACUUAAUUUGUUGAGUAGUUUGAUGGAAUAUCGUCAGACGGUAACGCAACUUUUAACCGCAAAUUCACCGAAUAGUAAUCCAUCGUAUCUCCUUCCACGAUUCUUUGCGCGAAUGCUGUCAGCUUUGGGAUUGAACUUGAAAAAUAAAGCCGAUUAUUAUAGCGAUGAAACGCUAUCGGUGAUAUUCCUACUGAACAACAAUACCUACAUUCAUAAUACACUGCAUAACGACGGUAUGUUUGCGGUGGUGUGUGAGCACAAUUCAGAAGUUCGUUCGUUUUAUAAAUCAGAAAUUAAUCGACUCAUCGAAAGAUAUUUGCAAAGGUUUGCCUUUGAGAUUUGUUCGUUCUCUUGA